ACGCAGCGGGGAGGCGGAGGUGGAGAGACGCGGGUGCAGUCGGGAUGGGAGAGGACGCACUGAGGAGGCUGCCGCUUUUUAUCCUUGGAAAUUUGGCUGCUGAGCCACAUGUAUGUUUUGGGAUAAGGACUUUAAAAAACAAUCGCAUACUGGACUAUUUUUCUAUCUCCUUUUUUCCAAAGCAAAGACUUAGGCGCAGAAUGAGGACGAUUCCAUGUGGUGAGGAGAAGAAAAUGCACUCUGAUGUAGGUAGAUUUAUGCUGUGAAUAAUGCGCUCAAGUCUUAAUAAGGUUUUCUCUUGAAUAUUUACUUUUUUUUUAUCUAGUCAUACACUGAGCAAAGAAUGGAUUUCUUUAAUAUUUCCAGCCUGGAAAAUGGGACAGAGGUGGGAAAUAUGUCCUUUAAUUACACAUCUGAAAGCCAUGAGUACACCCAGCUCGCAAUCUGGGGUCUGGCUGGACUUGUCAGCUUUCUUAUUUUGUUUACCAUAGUCGGUAAUGUGCUAGUUGUUAUCGCAGUUUUAACCAGCAGAGCUCUGAAACCACCCCAAAACCUUUUCUUGGUCUCCUUGGCCAGCGCGGACAUACUGGUAGCCACUCUGGUCAUGCCCUUUUCUCUGGCAAAUGAACUUAUGGGCUACUGGUUUUUUGGCAAAAUUUGGUGUGACAUCUACCUGGCUCUGGAUGUUUUAUUCUGCACCUCUUCCAUUGUUCACCUGUGUGCCAUCAGCUUAGACAGAUAUUGGUCGGUAACACAAGCUGUAGAGUACAACUUAAAGCGAACGCCUAAACGAGUUAAAGGCAUGAUUGUGGUGGUAUGGCUGAUCUCAGCUGUAAUCUCCUUCCCUCCCCUGAUUUCAAUGGACAGAAGCAGCAGUCAGGAGAAACCCACGUGUCAGCUAAACGACGUAACCUGGUACAUUCUCUACUCUAGCAUUGGAUCCUUUUUUGCCCCCUGUGUCAUAAUGAUCUUGGUCUACAUUCGAAUAUAUCAAGUGGCGAAAACCAGGACUAGGACACUGUCAGAGAAGAAGAGGGGUGUGGAUUCCCCUUUGGAAAAUGGGAUGGACCAAGCUGAGCCAGGCAUGGGAGGAUCCAUUAAGUUCACCCAGGCUGGGAGCAUGAAAGAGCGAGAACGUGAGAAUGGGCACUGCCAAGAGCAAACAGUUGGAUCCCCACAAUCAAAUGAACCAAAACAUCCAUCAAAUAACCAUGAAGAUGAGUUUGACGAUAGCAGCUCAUCAGAUGAAAAAACAAAAAAAUGCAGCAGUUCUUCCAAACAACACCAGAACAACAGGAAAGAUAGAAAACCCAGCAGGAAGAGCAGCUCUGCCUCCAAACACUCCAGUAGGAAGUCACGUUCCAGCUCAAAGUCCUUGGAACUGUUCUCCUCCCGUCGCAAACGUCGAAGCACUGUCAAUCGGAAGAAAGUCUCUGCUGCUCGGGAGAAGCGCUUCACAUUUGUUCUCGCUGUGGUCAUGGGCGUUUUUGUCGUGUGUUGGUUUCCGUUUUUCUUCUCUUACAGCCUGUAUGGUAUCUGCCGCGAUCCAUGCAAGAUCCCAGAAACGCUGUUUAAGUUCUUUUUCUGGAUUGGUUACUGUAACAGUUCCCUGAACCCGGUCAUCUAUACCAUCUUCAAUCAGGACUUUCGCAGAGCCUUCCAGAAGAUCCUCUGUAAGUCAUGGAAACGCUCUUUUUGAGGGAGUCCUGCAUGACUGGGGUUUUGUUAAAUGGACAUAAAAUCAAAUGUUCAAUGUCAUUUGAAUGAGGAAGCCUGUAGUGCUUUAAUGCACUCGCUUUCACGGAUCGUAUUAGGAAUGACAGGACAGUAACAGGUUGAAGGUUUAGAACCAUGUUUAAAAAGGGAAUAAAAUCAAGGGAAUAUAAACUGAUGGAUCUGGCAUCUUAUGCCUCCCAGACUGAUUUGAAACUCUGAUCUGGGCUUCAGCUCAUUCCUUCCAAUAGUUUUAUCUCUCUUUCAUUUGAAAGACUCUUUCCAGUGUCAGGGAUGCAUGCCUGCCACAAUGGCUGCCUUUGGAUGAACUUGACAGCAGAUGAAGUGUUUACUGAAGAGCUCAAUUUAUAAACUCACGACACUGUAACUAAAUAUAAUGCGAAGGCCUUGACAAUCUUUAUGAAACUGUUGGUUGUGAUAUUAGUAUCUUUUUUCUCUGUCUCUUUACACAUUUUUUCCUGACCUUACUGUUUCACGCUCUCAACAUGAGGACCAAUGGGACAAAGGGGCUCCUUGCUUACUGUAUAAGUAGCAAAACUGUUUCACCAAAAGAAAUGAAAAAUAUUUAAACAGAUGAACAAAAGUUACCUUUCUGUACUUAUUAUUAUGUGUGAGAUGAACACAGCGUACGAUGAACCUGGACUUGAUGCUGUGCACAGAAGAGUGGCAGCACAGGCAAUGCUUCUUUUUUCCUUUCAUGCCUUUGCACAUUCUUUCUCCCCUCAGAGAGAACAGCUUGAAUAUAACAUUACUAUAGAGGCAGAUGGACACUCACUAAGGCAUUUACUAUGUGCAUAAAAGAGAGCACGGAAACAAAGUGUACAACAAAUUGAUCUUUUUUAGGAUAAACCGAGCUGCAUUUUACCUCAACUGCCUGUGAUAGUUUGAAUGUGUGUCUGAUCUAGUGUCUUUCUUCUCACACUGAAUCCCUCCCUUAAAGUCAAACCUUAUGAAGCUAAUCUCUAAUGAUCGCUGCUCAUAUAAAGACUAAAAACAUGUACAAACUUAUAUCAUGUACACAAAUACAUGCAAAAUAUUUAAUCAGCUAAAGUGUUCAUCUGUCUAGCCAGAAGGGCUAAUGUUAUUUUCUUGUGUAAAUAAUUGAAAAGGCAAUUUUACUAUUAUUGUGUGGUGGCUCAUAAUCACACAUGUCAAUAUGAUGAAAAUGUUUGUUUAAUGAACAAUGCUCUGAUGUAUUUUCAUGUUGCACCUAACCUGUGUCUUUUUUUCAACAUGAAUAAAUGUUUACUUUUCUGCUUUGAGCACAUCUGAAAUGAUCAAAUAAAGACAUUUACUGCAGCUGUCCUCUGAA